AACCUUCAAAUGUUCAAUAUCUCCACUAGAUGGAGGUAAAAUGCUGCCUGUUGUAUUUUCUGUCUUUAAAGCAUAAUUUAUAUUUUAAUAAUUUAAAGCUUCUGGGGAGUAUGGAUGCGUGCAUGCACAAUAAUUAAUGAGGACUCUGGGUGGUCCAAGUGUCUAAUUCUGUUCAGUGGUCUAUAAAUAUCACAGAUGUAUAUUGAAACCAUAUUUAAUAUAAGUACACAGAAGUGUUGUAGCCUCAAAAACAUGAGAUCAGAACUUACACCCAAAGUGUUAAAUAGAAAUUAAUUAGAACAUAAAACAAGGUCAUAAGUUAUAUUUAAAAAAAAAAAAAAAUUAAUGACACAUUUAAGAGAUACUGUAUGUGAAAUUUCAACCAAACAAUUAGUGAAGGUAUUUUGUCUUCUGCAUUAAGUAUUUAUAAUUAAAUUAUUUGAAAUUAAAAUGAUUUAAUUAACUUAAAAUGUAUUUACAGCGUGGUCAGUACUGUGACUUGUAUUAUUAAAUAUACUAUUUAAUUAACUUUUUAUUUAAAAGUAUUCAAUAAAAUAUGAAUUCACAGAUUAUAAGCUACAAUAAGACCGAUCACUUUCACGAUCACGACAGAAGCCUCUUCGAAACGGAACUGACGUUUUGGUGGCUGACGUUGACAACGCACCAUGGCAACGCUAUUAUGCGCUCGCUUCAGUGUCCACACCGAAGCAGCUGUGAUGGUGGAGAUUGGGCGCGCUCAGAUCUUACAAGCGGAGAUUUGCAAACUAUAGCAUUACUCUGUGCUGGACGUAUGUAAGAUAUUAUCGCAGCAUCACUGGAUAUUCGUCGUGUCGUUUAGUCUCUUCAUUAUUUUAAAUAAAAACAUUUACUUCACGGGUGAAAAGUUGAGGCUUCACAGCGCGAGCGAGAUGAUGCUUGAAUCGAUUGAAGUUACAGAACUGCUCCAUUGGCCAGGGCUGGAAACAUCUAAGAGUUGUGUCCUGAGCCCCAUGGAGAAGCCUGUGAGCCCCAGUCAGCUGCGUCUGGAGCGCAUAUCCUCUGGCGUUCUAAAAGACCUGUUUAACACGGCCACCAGCAGCUACAACACGUUGCUACAGAAAGAGUCAGAUGCUCAGGAGAGCCCUAAAGACUCCUCCUACAAGUGCCCCAAAAGAGUCUCCACAGCAACGCAUCGUGACAGACCCCUGCCGACCCUUGCGCCUCUCACAAUGAGUGGGCUGGCUUUUGGUUGCAGAGACACCAGGCACGCUCAGUCUGUGUUCUCUUGUUUCUCCACCAACAGUUCCAAGCAAACAAACAGCAUCACUGUGCUGGGCAGUGCCAUCCGUCUGUCCCCCUGUCCCAUCUCCAGGCCCAAAAACAGCUGCCCGGUUGGCACAAAACUCCCGCAGCUUUCCAAAGUGCUCCCUUCUGCACGUGAUGGAGAGAACUCAAUCAAGAAGCUGUGCAUCCUCACUGCCAUAAAGCCAUCCAACGUGGAGAAAGAGAAGGCCAGGUUUUUCAAAUUAGACUUUAAAUACAACCCUCAGUUUGAGUACAGCAAUCCUCUGCCUCCACAAGUACUAGCAAAGCACAGCAAUGCUUCAGACCGCUUCCUCACACAGGCUGUGAGGAUCAUGGAGUUGGCCCUACAGAAGUACGGCUCCUAUGAGAAGUUUGAGCAGGCCACAGGAGGAAACCUCCUCACCAAGAGCCGCAUCUGGUACCACGUCAAAAAAUACAUGGAGAAGGAAGGAUGCAUAGGAGAGAUCGUGGUUCAUCUUACUGAUGACCUCCUGUCCAGAGCGUCUAUGACUGUGGUGAACAGCAGACCUACACUGACCAUUAACAUCUCUACUGCUAGAGAGCAGUGGCUGGAGGGGAUGCUGAGGCAUGAAAUCGGUACGCACUACUUCCGCGGCAUCAACAACAGUCACCAGCCGUGGAGCAGCGGCGGGGGCAGAAAGAAACAUGGUCUGAGGCCCAUCAAUCCCACUGAGGAAGGUCUGGCAAGUAUCCACAGCGUGCUCUUCCGCAAGGACCCCACCCUGUGGCGCGCCGCCCUGCUCUACUACACCGUCUACAAGGCAAGCCGCAUGUCCUUCUCACAGCUGUUUCACAACCUGGGCCGAUUCGUCCACGACCCCAACACACGAUGGGACUACUGCGUCAGAGCCAAACGAGGACAGACGGACACGGCACUUCCAGGUUGUUUCAGUAAGGACCAAGUUUAUCUAGAUGGCAUCCUGAAGAUCCUCAGACACAGAGACAAGAUUGACUUCCAGCUGCUAAUGGCUCUGGGAAAGGUGUCCUAUGAGGAUGUGGAGCGUCUGAAGGGUCUGGCUCUGAUGGAGCAUGUGCGGAUUCCUCACUUCCUGCAGGACCAAGCGCGCUACACAGAGCAGCUUCAUAAAAUCAUGGAGGUCAACCAGUUAACCGAUGAAGAGCUGUGCACGCUUAUUCCUGAACAUGUGACCUUUGAUGGAAGGUUGUGUUGUUAGAUAGAUAGAUGUGAAUCUCAUGAAACCGGUCCAGGUCAUAUUCCACUUAAAAAACUAAAGAUAGGAAGACAAAAGUAAAUAUUUUUGUAUUUUUAAAUUGUUUUCAUGGCCCUUUCCGACCUCCAGUUCUUGUAAUUCUCAUACCCCAUUUAGCAUAAAUGUAAAAAUCUCAUUCUGAUUACUGUAAUGUAAAGAUUAAUUAUAUUAAAUUAAUUAGAAUUACCAUUAACAAUAUUACAAAAUGUAAAAAAAAAAUAUAUAUAUAUAUAUAUAUAUAAUGUUUCAGUUAAAAAAAAAAUAUGAAUAGUAGACUUAACUUUCUCUCUAAAUGCAAAAUGAAUUUUUUUUUUUACUAAUUUCGAUUUUAGGGCAUCAUGUGACCCUGACAUGUUUUCAUGAGUUUCAGCCUGAGGAGGAUUGGAAAAUAAAGAUAUCAGUUUAUGUAAGGGCCUAUGAAGCUUUAUUUGCUUUUCUCUGGUAAAUGUUAAACUUUUUUAAGGAGUGCAGAGCAUUAAGUGUGUUCUCCUUUGAGUGGAUAUUGUAAAGAGAGGCCAAAUUACAUCAUUUAAAAAAUGCCAAUUAUGUUUAUAUGAACUACAAGUUCUCUAAGCUGUUUAUUUCCUUUUUUUUUUUUAUUUAUUUGUAUGAGAUAUAAACUCCUUGUGUGAUAUAAAUGUUUACAUCUUUGUGAUGGCAUGUAUUUAACAAUAUAACUUUUAAAUGAAAUGUUAACAAUAUAAUAUCAAUUUUAAACAUUUGAUGAUUACAAAUCUGGGUGCCAAGAUGUUAACCUUAGUUUAAAAGUGUCCUUUAUGGAAGUAGGCAAUCCUAUGUGUCCUAAAUGUCACAUACUAAAUAUAAAGUAUAUAAAUAAUUUCUCACUAGCACAGCUGCUCUACCUUGACUCUAUUGUUGAUGUGUACGACCUUCGACCUCGCUCUUUUCCUGCCAUUUUCCCAUAGAUCAAAAAGCACUUUUUACAGUUGCCUAUAAAACACUUUAUGGCCAAUGACAAUUUCCUCUCAAUAUGAUCUUACUAUAUUUAAAUGAAUAAAAUAAAUGUACUCCUUGCAUUCAGAAUGUUCAUUUUUAAGCAUGUUAAAGAUCAUUUUUCUUUUUUUA